UGGAUGGUAUUGAGAACUCAUCCCAGAAGUUUGAGUUUAGCUCCAGGCUGCUACACAGUGGUCAACCAUCCCCAGGACUAGGGAUCCUGGAGCAGUCAGAUAUCAAGCAGAGUGUUUCUAAGCUGAGUGACGAGAUGAGCACUCUCUCCCAGCAAGUCUCUCAUCUCAGCCAGGAGCUAAAGGAAAUGACCCGCCUGCUCCGGCCCCUCCUCCUUGUGGCGCCUCAGCCAAUCCUGACGCCCAUCCUGACUCCACCCCCCAGCAGUGCCAACAAACCGUCCUCCAACACACCUCUGGUGGUCCCACCUCCAGCCCCGCCCUGCUCUCCGUCACCCCACCUUCAACAAACGCAGUCCUGCUCGCUAUUGGACAUGGACAGUGCUGACACGGGGAACGUGGGCUUGCCAAGUUGCCUCCUCCCAACCCCCCCUCCACAGAGGCCUCCAGCCCAGAACCAGUCUCCAAUCUCCCCAGAGAGAAGUUCUAAGGACUUACCCCACUCCAACCCCCCUUCCCCUGGGACAGGAGACAUGGGGGGGUCACCCCACCUCUCCAACCACACCACCUCCAGCAACAGUUUCCUUCCCUCUGCCCAGGACAGAUGUACCCUAGCCUCCGGCACCAUGUCCCCCUCCCUCUCUUUCUCCUUGUCCCUCUCCUCCUCCCCCUCCUGCUCUCCCUGCCAGGGUCCCCAUCACUCACGAUCCGGCAGCCACAGCAGGGGCCUGCUCCCCCCGCCCCCCUCCCAGGACAACACGCCCCCGCCUUCCUCCCAUUGCUCCGCUCCCCCGUCACUCAGCUCCUCGCCUGGAGACCAUAAGCUGAAGUUGGUCUUCCCCUCUUCCUCCUCCACUCCCCUCAUCCCUCCCCUCCCCUCUCCUUACCCCUCGACCCUCUCCCUGGGCCCGUUCUCCCUGGACUCUCUGAGGGGGAAGACGCAGGGGGGCACUAGGCUGGAGGCAGGACACCUGGAGCUGGAGAUGCAGGAGAGGGGAGGAGAGAGGGGGGAGAGACGCUCCCAGAUGGAGCACAUCAGCUACAUGGACGAGGAAGGGCCAGCUCUGUGACAGAGAGGCAGAUUACAUGCAAGAAGAAACAGCAGAGGAGACAGAAUGAAGAGAAGAGAGGAGAGUAUGUAGCCCGCUCGUCCAGAAUGCAACAUUGAACCUGUGAGACAGAUAGGCAGUCAUAGAUCAAAAUGACUAUAGGUGGAAACCAAUAGCAUCACUGAAAAAUACCCCACCAGGACAGUAGCAAGACACCAAUUCUAACAGCACUCUGGUCAUGUUAAAGCAACACAUCCUCCUCUGUCUAUGGACUUCAUGAUGUCAUAAGUGAAAUGUGCAUCCGUACUCCUCUCCUGGCCAAAUGUUCCCAACCAACCACCCAUUCAUGACAUCAUGUAUAAUAUAUAGGACUGGGAAUGUAAACUCUAGUUCAACCUCUGUCUUGUGGUUUCAAAAUUAUACUAACAUCUAUUGCUUGAAUAUCAACCAUGGCUGAUUUCAAAUGAGGAGUUCAUUUAACUUCAACUUGAUAUUUCUUCAGAGUUUCUCUGCUACUUGUAAUAUGGGGGUGAUUUGUUACAUACAUCUCCACAAAGUACACACACACUUGCACUGCGGUCUUACAUUAUGUGACAUCCUAAAAGUGUCAAUCCAGCCUACAAACACAAUCGUUUCUCUCCCUCCAACAAGUGGCCAUAUUCAACACGACAAUCAGUGAGCUUACAAAACACAUGGAACCCACCAAUACAUGAAGACAACACCGCAGUAGGUCUGGAGGUAGAAGGGAGGGAGCCGGUGUGUCAGAGGCCAGGUUUAGGUUUAAGAAGCCAUGCAUACUGGUGGGUGAGUGGAAUAUACAGUAGGUCUGGAGGUAGAAGGGAGGGAGCCGGUGUGUCAGAGGCCAGGUUUAGGUUUAAGAAGCCAUGCAUACUGGUGGGUGAGUGGAAUAUACAGUAGGUCUGGAGGUAGAAGGGAGGGAGCCGGUGUGUCAGAGGCCAGGUUUAGGUUUAAGAAGCCAUGCAUACUGGUGGGUGAGUGGAAUAUACAGUAGGUCUGGAGGUAGAAGGGAGGGAGCCGGUGUGCUACAGAGGCCAGGUUUAGGUUUAAGAAGCCAUGCAUACUGGUGGGUGAGUGGAAUAUACAGUAGGUCUGGAGGUAGAAGGGAGGGAGCCGGUGUGUCAGAGGCCAGGUUUAGGUUUAAGAAGCCAUGCAUACUGGUGGGUGAGUGGAAUAUACAGUAGGUCUGGAGGUAGAAGGGAGGGAGCCGGUGUGUCAGAGGCCAGGUUUAGGUUUAAGAAGCCAUGCAUACUGGUGGGUGAGUGGAAUAUACAGUAGGUCUGGAGGUAGAAGGGAGGGAGCCGGUGUGUCAGAGGCCAGGUUUAGGUUUAAGAAGCCAUGCAUACUGGUGGGUGAGUGGAAUAUACAGUAGGUCUGGAGGUAGAAGGGAGGGAGCCGGUGUGUCAGAGGCCAGGUUUAGGUUUAAGAAGCCAUGCAUACUGGUGGGUGAGUGGAAUAUACAGUAGGUCUGGAGGUAGAAGGGAGGGAGCCGGUGUGCUACAGAGGCCAGGUUUAGGUUUAAGAAGCCAUGCAUACUGGUGGGUGAGUGGAAUAUACAGUAGGUCUGGAGGUAGAAGGGAGGGAGCCGGUGUGCUACAGAGGCCAGGUUUAGGUUUAAGAAGCCAUGCAUACUGGUGGGUGAGUGGAAUAUACAGUAGGUCUGGAGGUAGAAGGGAGGGAGCCGGUGUGUCAGAGGCCAGGUUUAGGUUUAAGAAGCCAUGCAUACUGGUGGGUGAGUGGAAUACACAGUAGGUCUGGAGGUAGAAGGGAGGGAGCCGGUGUGCUACAGAGGCCAGGUUUAGGUUUAAGAAGCCAUGCAUACUGGUGGGUGAGUGGAAUAUACAGUAGGUCUGGAGGUAGAAGGGAGGGAGCCGGUGUGUCAGAGGCCAGGUUUAGGUUUAAGAAGCCAUGCAUACUGGUGGGUGAGUGGAAUAUACAGUAGGUCUAUGAGUGAAAACCAGACUGUACAGUGAAUGAGUUCCCACAUCAACUCAGCUUUAGCCAUGCAGCCAUCGUGCCUUCUCCUUGGAACACACACUGCUAGUCGUACACAUCAUAUAGCACAUAUCAUCCACACCUGGUGAUUAUGUUGGGAUUUACAAGCCAUUGACCAUUACGAACGCCUCACUUUUAUUUUGAAAGUCAUUUAUUUUAUGUAGAAUGUGUGAAUAUCUUCUGUUGGAUUGGGAUGUUCUGGCCUUUUUUCUUCCAUCGCUAGUUCAACCAGAGACAUCUCAGCGUCAGUUUAACAGCGUCAGUUUAACAGCAUCAGAUCGAAGCCCACACGCACCAACACAAGCACACCAGUGGAGGAUGGCUCAUAAUAUUGGCUGGAAUGGCAUAAAUGGAACCAAACACAUUUGAUACCAUUCCGUUCACUCCAUUUCAGCCAUUAUUAUGAGCCAUCCUAGCCUCAGCAGCCUCCACUGAAGCGCACACACACACACACACACACACACACACACACACACACACACACACACACACACACACACACACACACACACACACACACACACACACACACAAAAUACUGCCAUGUCCGCAGCAUCAUCUGUAUCCCAUGGUUACGUGUCAACCUCUGGAUGACACAGGUUUAUCCUACAAAGACACAAUGCUCAGACAUUGCUGAAGUGGUCAGAGGAUUAAUUGUACUAGCAUUGUCUGGUGCUAGGUGCACUAGAGUUGUUUUGGGGGGCACAGUCAGAUUGAGAUACUGGUUUGUAUUUUCUGUAACAGGGUGAGGAUGAGCCUGAGGAUGCGUGGAGAUGUGUGAGAGUUGGAGGAGUGGCACACACAGGGAGCAGGUCAGGGGUCAAGAUGUUAAUGCAUGUCACAGCUAACUGCAUGAGGAAUGUGCUUGUUUCAGAACUUGGGGAGAGGGGGUGGGCUUACUGUGCUGCCAGAGGUUUGGACAGGCUUCAGAUGUAUUUUAUUAACUCUUACCAACUUUACCAGAAACACGAUACAACAAUAAACAAAGUGUUGUUUUAUAAGA